CAGGCUGCCUGAGGGGUGGGGGGGUUCGGCGGAGCCGGGCCGGCAGAAACAGCGGCGGCCGGGGAUGCUGCCGGAGGCGCCGACCGCCAUCUGCGUGUAACCGCCAUGGACCCGGGGGCCGCCCCCGCAGCCGCUCCAUCAUCCCCCGCGCGCGCGCGCCCCCUCCACCUCGGACUGCGGGCCCGGAUGUGAUGCUCCCGCCGCUCCCGCACAGACGAAGCCCGCCGAGGUCAGAGCAGCAUCCCGCUCCGUCCGCGGCCUCCUCCUGAGCACCUCCUCUGAGUGGGAGGAGCUUAGCCCGCAGGUGUGGACCCCCCCAGCUCAGGUUGAAGCCAUGGCCAAUGAACCCGUCAUCCUCAACGUGUAUGACAUGUACUGGAUCAAUGAGUACACCUCCAACCUGGGCAUCGGCGUUUUCCACUCAGGCAUCGAGAUCUACGGCAGAGAGUUCGCGUACGGCGGACACCCUUACCCCUUCAGCGGCAUCUUUGAAAUCAACCCCGGAAACGCCGCCGAGCUGGGAGAGACUUUCAAGUUCAAGGAGGCCAUCGUGUUGGGCACCACCGACUUCGCCGAGGAGGACAUGGACAAGAUCAUGGAGGAGCUCGGGAAGGAGUUCAAGGGGAACGCCUACCACCUGAUGCACAAAAACUGCAACCACUUCUCGUCCUCGCUGUCUGAGCUGCUGUGCGGGCGGGAGAUCCCGCGCUGGGUCAACCGGCUGGCGUACUUCAGCUCCUGCAUCCCGUUCCUGCAGAGCUGCCUCCCGAAGGAGUGGCUGACCCCCGCCGCCCUGCAGAGCCACAUCAGCCUGGGGCUCCACAAGGAGGAGCAGAACGAGUCCAGUGACGACGACCCCUCCUCGCCGUCCGGCGCCGCUGCCGCCAGCUCAGGCUGCCGCCACACCAGGGUGUGACCCCCUCCGUGACCCGCCUGACCUGUCCGGCCUCUGAGGAGAGAGGCAGGAAGCUGGAGCUCCUCCUCCUCCAGAAUCUUCUGGUUUGGAGGACGGCGGGAUGAUGGGACUCGACUCUCGCAGAUUUGAAGUUGAAAACCUCCGCCAGCCUUGUUCCCGCCUUCGACGCUGCUCCCGUGGGGUUUCCAGGAAACUGUUGACUCAGACGUUUCCUGUCAGGUGACCUCUUUGUGGCCUUCAGUUCACACUUUUUUGUUUAGGGGCGGAGUCAAAUCAAUCACUUCUCUCUAAGACGCGUUCGACCUCGUCCGUGAGGAUCUUCAGACUGAACCAGAAAUCCAGUUGCUGCUCCGACGGAGGCUGACUGUCAUGAACGCCAACCGUCACGCCGACCGUCACCCUGACUGUCAUGAACGCCGACCGUCAUGAACGCCAACCGUCACGCCGACCGUCACCCCGACUGUCAUGAACGCCGACCAUCACCCCGACCGUCACGCCGACCGUCACCCUGACUGUCAUGGACGCCAACCGUCUGCAGGAGCUUUUCCGUGUUUGUGGAGGAUCUUCAGUCCGUGCAGCAGAAGCAGCAGCUCCAGGACGUCCCUGAAAAAUCCCAUUUGUGUUUUUCGAAAGCCAUAUGUGGCGCGUCACAGGAGCAGCUCCUCGCUGAGACGAAAUCCUCCUUAAAAUUCUUCUUUCUGCUGAAAUUUCCACUAAAAAACAUCACAUUUUCAGACUGACUCUGAGCUCAGAGACGUGUGGCGUUCAGGUGCAUUGAUGUGGGGUUUCCUCCUCCGUCCUCCUGCAGGUCGGCGGCUUCAUCCUCGGAUCUAUCUAAAGCUCCGCCCCCAAAAACGCAGGAUGUUCGUCUUUAAAACGCUCAGGACUAAACCAGGCAGCUGUGCUUCAGACGCCGGUCACCGCCGACCUCCACCAUCAGCUGAGGAGGUUCUUCUGGACCUCUGUGGUCACAUGACACAAACAAAACCUGGAUUCUGGAGGAAACAUCUUGUCUUCAGACUCACUGCUGCUGAAGAAACGCAAACAUCUGAGAGGAAAUCUCAGAAAGGUUUUGGGGUCCAUCUGCUCUCCUGAAGCUGCUCCUCCAAACCUGUCAUGAUCGAUAACCGCUGUAACUCCUUCAUGAGUGGACGGAGACCUUUACCCUAAACCGAACUUGAUUUUUACAUUCAGAAAUGUUCGUUUUUAACAGUUUUAUGGGAUGAAAAUCAGGAUCAGAUGAAUCCUUUAACCCCUGAAGCGUUGCCGUGACGAAGGCCCGAUCCACGGUCUGGGUGAGGCUCUGAUGGACCACGAGCAGCAGGAUUCUGAAAGGUGAACAUUUGUUCUAACAUCGUUUUAUGGUAUAGAAAUAGUUAUAUCGGUGUAACCCUAAAAGAAAACUGGUUUGUUUUCUUAAAUGAGCAGAUUCUGGUGAAGCUGAACGAUUCGGGAACUUUGUGUUUCUGGAGUUUUCAUAAAGACUGGAUGAUUUGGAGUCUGUGGAGUUAUCAGACGGUGGACGGACAAGUGGUGCUGAUGUGACUAAAGGAAGCAUGUAAACAGGAAAAGGGGCCUCAUGACGUCUCCAGAGGAAACAUGAGUGCAGAAUGCAUGUGUAGAUGUUAGGAAGGAUUCCUCUGAUAUGAAGACUAAAACAGAACCCUAUAACGCUUUAUUAAUGUAUCAAGUUGACCCAAAACUCAGUCUGAUGGAGGCGUUUCUGCUGCUAAAGCAGAGAAAAAUGUCUCAAACUUUAAAACAAUCGCAGGUCUUUGGUUGUUCCCGUCCUUCUCUUGGUUUGUUUUUCCUCACCAGCUUCUCUAAAAUGUGACGUUUAAUUCUAAAGCAUCUCAUCUGAACUCCAGUCUUGAUGAGUCUUUUCAGGUUUGAUCUAAAUCCAGAAUUGAAAGGAUUCUGGAAACAGUUCUCGGUUCUAGUGCAGGUUUCGUUAUCUGAGUGAGAUCUGCUUCAAACGUCUGAAGUUGAACUGAUGCACAGAAGAGAAGCUGAAACCUCGUCGUUUAUUGAUUUCUGGAGCUGGCUUUCAUCAGUCAGUGACGGUUUGACGAGCAGGAAGCGGCUGCCGUCAGGCCUCUCCUGGUUUAAUCCUCUCCAAACGCUGCUGUGCUGAUGAUAGACGUCCACUUUUCACAGGGUCAUGUGACUUCCUGCUCUGAAAUCCUGCAGUUGAGCAAAUGAGAUCAUCACUUCAGUCUUCAUGUCAUUGGAUCUCUAAACAUAAAUCAGUUUUAAAGACAUUUGGAGUCGAAGGGGCUGAAAAGUGUUGAGUUUUACGGCUCAACAAACUCAACUGAUUCCAGACAGGAAACAGGUUUUCUAUUGUUCUGUGAAAACUCAACAUUGUAUUCAAUUUCUUUCCUAACCUACAAGCAUUUGAAGAAUGAUUGUAGAAUAAAAAUAAAGAGAUGGACCCGA